UUACAUGGUUUUGUUUUGUUAGUAUGUGUGCCACCAUGUAAAUUCUGUGGUUUGUUUGAUGGAGUUAAUCUUUUCUUCGCCCGCAGGCUUUUGGACUUGGCUGGCUAUGGAGUAGCUGUAGCCGUUUCCAAAGAAUUUAAGGGUUCAUUUCGUGGUCUCACAUAUAAAUCUCCAUUGCUUGAUCUUAUGAUCAAAAGUGGGAGAAAUGGCAAAAACAAUGGGAAAGGAUACUACUUUUAUGAAAAGGGUAGCAAGCCAAAACCCGAUCUUUCAAUAUUACCAAUUGUUGAAGAGUCGAGAAGACUUGCCAAUAUUAUGCCUGGUGGAAAGCCUAUAUUUAUUACUGACCAAGAGAUUGUAGAGAUGAUACUAUUUCUAAUAGUGAACGAGGCAUGCCGUGUUUUAGAUGAAGGAAUGGUUAUUCAAGCAUCAGACCUCGACAUUGCUUGUGGUCUUGGGAUGAGCUUCCCUAGUUACAGGUGGGUUUAUCCUUUCUUUUUUCUUUCUUCGUCUAAAAUAUUGAAGGGCUAA